AUGGAGGAUAUUCAAGAGCGCUGGAGUAAGCUGAGAUUGUUAGAGAGUGAGGCCAGUGUGUUGAAUUUGGACGAGGAAGGGUCGACUGUGACAAAAGAGAAGGGUGAUAGAAGCCUGGUGGGUAAGGUGUUCUCAGAUCGUAUGGUGAGCAAGGAAGUGCUGGCUUCAACAAUGGCCAAGGUGUGGUGGAUAAGUAAGAGGGCUGACUUUCAUGAGUGUGGCUCAAAUACGUUUAUAGUGACGUUUGCUACAAUUGCUGAUAAGCUUAAAGUGUUAUCUGGGAAACCAUGGCUCUUUGAUAAUAACCUAUUUGCUCUAAAGCUAUUUGAUGGCUUUAAUCAACCCAGUACGAUCAAGUUUGAUAGUGAAGAGUUCUGGGUGCAGUUACAUAAUUUGCCAUUUGCAUACAUGGAUCGAGUGCAUGGGGAGAAGACUGGGCAGACGCUUGGGAGGGUCAUAGAGGUGGAUCUCCCGGAUGAUGGCAUUGGCUGGGGAGAAUUCCUGAGGAUCAAGGUUGAACUGAAGCUUUUUCAAGCGCUAGACAGAGGAAGAAUGCUUAGUGUCGGGGGCUUGGUAACCCCCGUACAGUUCAUGACCUUCACUGCCUAG